AUGAUGUUCAACACCCAAACGUUCAUAUCUAUCUAUCUAUCUAUCUAUCUAUCUAUCUAUCUAUCUAUCUCGGCCUGUUCAGUAUCUAUCUAUCUAUCUAUCUAUCUAUCUAUCUAUCUAUCUCGGCCUGUUCAGUAUCUAUCUAUCUAUCUAUCUAUCUAUCUCGGCCUGUUCAGUAUCUAUCUAUCUAUCUAUCUAUCUAUCUAUCUAUCUAUCUAUCUAUCUAUCUCGGCCUGUUCAGUAUCUAUCUAUCUAUCUAUCUAUCUAUCUACCUAUCAACCAAACUCUCUACCCAUCUAUCUCAACCUUCUGUUCAUAUCUAUCUAUCCCAGUUUGUUCAUUAUCUAUGUAUGUAUCUAUCUAACUCAAUCUGUUCAUAACUAUCUAUCUAUUGCAAUAUGUAUGUAUGUAUGUAUCUAUCUAUCCAUCUAUCUAUCUAUCCAUAUUCUGUUCAUAUCUAUCUAUCUAUCACGGCCUGUUCAUAUCUAUCAACAUCUAUCUAUUCUGUACAUAUCUAUCUAUCUAUCUGUCUGUCUGUCUGUUCAUAUCUAUCUAUCUAUCUAUCUAUCUAUCUAUCUAUCUAUCUAUCUUUUAUUAAUAAUGUUCACCAACCGAGGAGAUCUGUCUAUCUAUCUAUCUAUCUAUCUAUUCCAACAGUAG